GUAGAAGAAGAGGCACCAAAGCUGGUUGACUAUACACAUAGCAAUAUCACUUCGGCGUAUGCGUUAAUAUUUCUAACAUUUUGCCGUAUUAAAGAUCGGGAUUCAACGGCUGAUAUGUCGACAAGACCGGGAUUCUACCGGCAAGAUCUGAACAAGACAGUCUGGGAGGUGCCCGAACGAUACCAGAAUCUUACGCCGGUUGGAUCGGGGGCUUAUGGCUCAGUAUGCUCAGCGUAUGACGUGUGUCUCCGUCAAAAGGUGGCUGUUAAAAAGCUCUCUCGACCGUUUCAGUCCCUCAUCCACAGUAGAAGAACCUACAGAGAGCUGAGACUUCUCAAGCACAUGAAGCACGAGAAUGUUAUUGGACUCCUGGAUGUUUUCACUCCUGCAGCUUCUCUUGAAGAUUUCAAUGAGGUCUACCUUGUAACCAAUCUGAUGGGAGCAGAUCUCAACAACAUUGUCAAGUUUCAAAGACUUUCAGAUGAACACAUACAAUUCCUCAUCUAUCAGCUUCUUCGCGGCCUUAAGUACAUUCAUUCAGCUGGACUGAUCCAUAGAGACUUAAAGCCAAGCAAUGUAGCAGUGAAUGAAGAUUGUGAACUUAGGAUCCUGGAUUUUGGAUUAGCCAGGCAGACGGAUGAUGAGAUGACCGGUUAUGUGGCUACUCGCUGGUACCGAGCACCUGAGAUCAUGCUGAACUGGAUGCACUACAACCAGACAGUGGACAUCUGGUCAGUUGGAUGCAUCAUGGGUGAACUUCUGAAGGGCAAAGUUUUGUUUCCGGGUAAUGAUUAUAUAGAUCAGCUAAAGAGAAUUAUGGAGGUGGUAGGAACACCGACACCUGAAGUUUUGAAGAAAAUAUCCUCUGAACAUGCUCAAAAGUAUAUCCAGUCACUUCCGUACAUGCCACAGCAAGACCUGGACAAGACAUUCAGGGGGGCGAAUCCAUUAGCGGUUGACUUAUUGAAGAAAAUGUUAGUAUUGGAUUGUGAUGGGAGAAUCUCUGCCAGUGAAGCUCUGUGCCAUGCGUAUUUUUCUCAAUACCAUGAUCCUGAUGAUGAACCCGAAGCCCCUCCAUAUGACCAGACCACUGAGAGCAAAGACCGAACACUGGAGGAGUGGAAGGAGCUGGUUUAUGAGGAAGUAAACAAUCUCAAAGCCCCUGCCAAUAAAUCAGAAACUCUUCAGGUGGAACAGUGAGACUGAUCUUAAAACAAUCCAGGAUGAUUUUCACCGCCCUAUCACUGCCUGUCAAUCAAACUCUAAAGACACGGGAUUGGCGGACAAACAGUAUAAACAGACUGCAGUCCAACCUGAGACAAUGACAAAAGUAUUUCCUAGGCAUGAUGCCCUUCCUGUAUGAAUUCAUACGCACAUUUAAAUAUGAGCAAUGGUAUUGUACCGAUGACACAAUGUAUUAAUAUUAUAAGGUGCAUGUUGUGUGUGUGUGUGUGUGUGUGUGUGUGAGUGCAGAUUGUGUGUUUUGAUUAUUUUUUUUAUAUUUGAUGUGAGGCAGGUGUCAGGUAAAGCAGGGUAUGAUGUACCUCAUACAAGACCAAAAACUAGGCAUGCAGACAAAAAGGCUAUGCUGGGGAAAAUAUGUUUACAUUGUUGAAAGGAGCUUCUUGAAAAGCGGAUACACACUCUCAGAAACGGGUCUUUCACUGGGAUGGUACCUUUUAAAAGGGUCCUAAUAUGUUCCAUUUAUAUGUAACUUUGAGGUACCAGUAUGUACCUCUAUAGGGUACCAGCUUGCAAACGUACUUUUGAAAAGGUACCGCCACAGUAACAACUUUUGUACCUUUUUUCUGAGAGUGCACGCAGGGCUGGAAACGGCAAAAAUGUGCUGGGGGGACUCUAUAUUUGGGUAAUUUUGGAUGACGACUUAUACUUGGGAGAGAACAUAAAAACUGUAGAAAACUGUAUGUUUUCUUAAGUAUUUAAAAAUACUUUUAACCAUAAUUUGUCCUCAGGUUAAAGAACUGUGACUGUGACUGUGAAGUGUCAUCAUGUGACAAGCUUGAUAAUGCAUUAUAAAAUAAUAGUUGCAAUUAAAAAAAAUAUAUAAAAGGGAGUAAUUUUUAAAUGCCUGUAAAUACACUCUUAAAAAUUAGGUACUUUAAAGGUUUUUUACAGCGAUGCCAUAAAAAAACAUUUAGACAGAAAAAGUUAUUCUAUGGCAUCGUAAAGCACCUUUAUUUUUAAUAGUGUAGCUUUAAGUAUUAAGAUAGUUUAAAUAUAAUUAAUUUUCAGUUCUACUAUUUAAAAAAUAAUAUUCAGUUUAAGUUGGAACUUUGUCCCCCCACCCUUGAAAUUCACUCCCGGACUCCGUCCCCUCACGUUACCCCCAGUUUCCAGCCCUGCAUACAUGCAUUCAUGUAUUAAAGUCUCUGCAUAAAUGUAGGCAAAUACAUAAUCUGUAUUUACCAAUCUGCAGUGUUGAAUAUUGCAUACCUCAAAAAUGUUUGACUGUAACGAGUCAUGCAUAAAUUGAAGUGUGUUUACCAGUUAUUUUAGAAGAUGUUCUUCCAGUGAUUUUGGAAACACAAAGUACAGUCAAAUACUGACUCCUCCCCUCCUAUAAACAUCUUAUCAAUGAAACACGAAUUUGUUUGAUUAGCUGCUUAUACAGUGGAUUUACACAGUGCUACAUUAAAAUUGAUCAAUUAAGAUACUUUAGACCAUAAACCAUGUUUAAAACAUUUAAAAACAUCCAGAUGCAUCACAAUUAAGGAGAAAAAAUGUCUUAAUUUUAAUGAAAAUGAAAAAAUAUAAUUUCCUGACUGUUCUUCUGUCUGUGUAACGCAAAGUGUUUUACACAAUACUUGAAAAGGAUUUGUGAAUAUCAGUAGAUAUUUUCUGAAUGUAGGUGAAAAAACUGCAAUUCAGAUGUUAAGCAAGGUUUGUUUCACAAUUGCUGUGUGUUUAUUAAAUGGUCAAUUUUGAAACAUCCUGAAGGACAAUGAUGCAACUCUGAUGUCAUGAAACUGUAGUUGCCAUCUGAAGCUGAAUGGGGAAAACUGGUGUGGUUUCUUCUUUUACACUUUAUGUAAAUGACAGAAACCAUCAACUGUCCUGCCUUCAUCACAAUACAUUCCUAUAGUAUAUGCUUCAAAAUCUGUUUCUACUUUAGAUGCUACGAUCUUGACAUAAAAUACAAAUCUUAUACAAAUAUGGUAAAGUUCUGCAUAUGUGGCCUUAGCACUUUGACCCCAGUGUUACGCUGUGUAUCUCUAUUCUCCUCCUGGUCUACUGCAUGCCUUUUUAACUAAGAGAAAAGAUAAACUACCUUCUGCUGUUUCAGUGGACUGGAUGGAUUUUUAGCCCUUUGUCUAUGACCCAUCAAGUCUCACCAGUAUGUAGCCACUCAACUCUCACCCUCUGCUCUGUUAAUAAAAUGAACUGCUUUCCUCAAACACGUUUCUGUGUUUUAUACUAAAGUGAAUACAAUAAACAUA